CGUCGUUAUUUUAUACAUCAUUCGAGUGUCUGUUAUUUAACUUUAAAACGUAUAGCUAGAAAUAUUCUUUAUGAUCUAAUAUUUAAUCGUCACAGUAUAAAUAAUUAUAUAACAUAAGCAUAUAAAUCAAUUUUGUGUUUAGUUAUCAGCCAUUUUUUAUUACGUCACUGUGUUUAGCCUCACAUGGAAGAACGUGCGUUGCAGAAUAAAUCUUAGACUUGAUAUAGAAAGCACAUAAAACUUUAAAUGUAUGAUGUAAAUCGCGAAGUAAAUACAACAUGUUAAGUACAACAAAGUGGUCGGUUGGUGUAUAAUACAGGGCACUGCAAAAAAGCGAAUACGUACUUAUGAAACGUUUUCAUAAUUCCUAUAAACAAGGUGGAAUUUAGACAUGGGGCGGAAAAAGCAAUGUAAAGGGGAUCGACCGGUUCACAAGGGUAAAGACACGAGACACAAGAUGAAGGGAAAAUCUCUAGAGACUUUUACAGAGGAGAUGCAUGAAGUUCUGCAGGCCAGUGAGGAUGCAGAAUCAGGGGCUGCUGGAGGUGUAAAAUUGCCCUGUCCACUGGCCAUGUGGGAACUGGGUCACUGUGACCCUAAACGCUGUACGGGGCGUAAACUGGCCAGGAAGGGUUUUGUACGCUGCCUGCGACUCAACCAACGCUUCAAUGGCCUAAUACUGAGCCCAAUGGGUACCAAAUACGUAACACCUGCAGACAGGGAGAUUGUGGCUCAGUGUGGACUAGCCGUGAUUGACUGUUCAUGGGCACGUCUUGAAGACACACCCUUCAGCAAAAUGAUUGGCUCACAUCCCAGGCUUUUACCUUACUUGGUCGCAGCAAAUCCUGUAAACUAUGGUAAACCAUGCAAGCUGUCCUGUGUUGAGGCAUAUGCCGCCACCUUCUGCAUUGUGGGAUUUCGUGACCUUGCUGUGCUUCUGCUAAGGAAAUUCAAAUGGGGUUUGGGAUUUUUGGAGUUGAAUAAGAUUCUUCUAGAGCGUUAUGCUUCCAGCCAAUCAGAAGAGGAGCUGCUGGCUGUGGAGAAAGAGUUUCUCACCUCCACCCCACAGGAAGAAGAUAUAGAUCCUUUUGAUGUGGAUUCAGGCAGAGACUUUGUUAACCUCAACAGACCAGUCCAAGCUGAGGAGUGUGACAGUGAUGAGACAUCAGAGGAAGAUGAUGAUGAUGAAGAGGAGGAGGAAGACAAGAAGAGUAAAGAAGCAGACGAUGAAGAUGGAAGUGAUCAGGAGUCUUGAAUUUCUAACCUUAUAACGAACGAUCAGAGAAAGCGUGAUGUCACUGAUUCAGUAAUCUGAUUCACUAGUCAGAUUCAGUCAGCACUCAGACAUUGACCUCUGUGUGACAAAGGCAAACUUCUAUUUUGUGAAUGUUUGCGUGUUAAAAAUAUAUGCAUUUUUGAUCAUGGUGCAAAAAUAAACUCUUUGUAUGAAAAGGA